AUGAGCAUACAGCAGCCGGGACUUGCAAGUGGACAGCAAACACCUGCAAGCGCAACGUUCUCUGCAGCGAGCUCGCAGGCUGCGUUGCGGGCGGCCCUCGACGAUGGGCUGAACGUGCAGGAGCUCGCGCCCGUUGACCGGGGUGUACGGGCGUGGCUCUUUUGCUUGUCUUCCUUCACGCUAGAGAUGAUGAUAUGGGGGUUCUGCUUCAGUUAUGGUAUUUUUCAAAACUACUACACGACGCAUCCGCCAUUCAACUCCGCCUCUAGCAUUUCGAUAGCGGCCAUAGGGACGAUCGCAAUUGCCCUACAGUAUACUGAGGCCCUGCUCAUUUCUUGCGCCUUCGGUCGAUAUCCAGACUAUAUGGGGUAUGCCAUGUGGUUCGGCCUUGCGUUGUAUUUCUUGUCUAUCCUCUGUUCAAGCUUUGCCAACCAGGUAUGGCAAUUAAUCAUGCUCCAGGGUGUCCUAUUCGGCAUCAGUGGCGGAUUGCUCUAUGUUCCUGUCAUCAAGCUUCUCCCUGAGUGGUUCUCCGCACGGAGAGGUCUCGCAGGAGGAAUUAUCUUUGCAGGUGGAGGUGUUGGUGGCUUCGUCUUUCCUUACAUUCUCACUGCUCUCCUUGAUAAGGUUGGUUUACGAUGGACGCUCCGCAUGUGGGCUAUCGUAACGACAAUCUUUUGUGGGAUCGCACUCUUAGGCUUGCGUCCUCGUCUCCCAGUACCGAAGUACCCGCACGGGUCACGACGCCCCCGUUUCAUCCCUCCGCAGCUGGGCUUCGUCAAAACCCCGCUUUUCUGGAGUGUGUCGUUGACCAUUCUCUUGCAAGGCUUCUCCUACUUCCCUGUCUCGCUGUACAUUGCGAGUUACACAACUGGACUCACUACGCCUCUCACUGCGACCAUCGUGCUAUCCCUAUUCAAUUCCUCCGCAGUUGCUGGUCAGCUUCUGCUCGGUCACCUCAGCGAUCUAUAUCCAUACCCUUGGGUUAUGUGCGCGAGCGCAAUUGGGAGCAGCACUGUGGCGUUCCUUCUAUGGGGCUUCGCAAAAGCAUCGGUACAGCUGUACUUCUUUGCUAUCAUCUUCGGUGCAUUGAGCGGAGGAUUCUCAUCGACGUGGCCUAACGCUGCGUUCGAAUGUGCCGGAGGCAAGCCCGAGUACACGGGCAUCGCAAUCGCCAGUACGGCCAUGUUCAAGGGCAUCUCUGCCGUUGUCGGUCCCAUCUUAUCCGGCGUUCUCCUCGACGCUGGAAAGGGCUCGACUAUAGGCGGGGCGUUUGGUCGUGAGGGAUAUGGUUUUGUAGAGAUUUUCGUCGGAUCGUGUGCACUUGCGACCGGGGCGGGGAGCAUGUUGAUCGCAUUCACUAGACAGAAAUCCGGCAUCUACUCCUAG